UGUCAGAAUACAACGAGCUGCUUUCUGCAGCAGCUUCAAAGAACAUGACGUUCAGGCUGUUGUUGGUAGGAUUACUCAUAUGACACUGAUAAUGAUGUUGUACAGUUGAGUAUGUCAUGGUGUCACUGUCAGUCAGGGCUUCAGUGUAGAAAGAGGCGUUGAAAAGAUAAAAGCAGAAAGUAUGUGCAGAGGGGAUGAGCAGAGAAAGCAGUGGAGCUCAAUUGUUUUCAGAGUUCAACAGAAGAAGAGCAAGAGGAGGACUAACCUGGCCCUGCUGGACAGACAAAUUCACUGGACUCAGGACUGUGGCCCUUUGUUAUUGGACUUGACAUGACUUAGUCCGCUGGCAGGUGUUUGAUGUGUUUCACUAUGAAUGUUUCCUUGCUGCUGCUGCCUGGCUUCCAGCUGCUCCUGAUGUUCAGUGUGGUAGCAAAGAAACAAGAACCAGUGCUCUCCCGUGAGGACCAGGGCACCCGCCUCCGAGACCUCUGGAAGCUGCACAUGAGGGACACCCUGCUGAAAGGAAAAAGUUCAUGUCCUCCUCCAAUCAGAGAAGGGGGCAAACAGCUGUUGCUCUACUGCCGUGUUGGGAUUGGCUACCAUCUCCAGAUCCUACCCAGUGGCUCUAUAGGAGGCGUCCACAAGCCCACUGAGCAUUGUUGGCUGAAGGUGUUUGCUAUGAAACAUGGAGUGGUGGGAAUCAGAGGAGUCAAGAGUGGCUUGUACCUCUGUAUGAGUGGAGAAGGACUGGCAUAUGGAACGGAGUAUUUUUCUGACGAUUGCCUGUUAAAGGAGAACCUGGAGGAGAAUCAUUACACCACCUAUUCCUCCCUGUCUCACCCAGGCAUCUAUCUGGCUCUUUCCCACAAGGGAGAGCUCAAAAAGGGCAACACUGUGGGCCGCCACCAGUCCUACACCCACUUUCUACCUCGGAGGACACCAUGAACGGGGUCCAAUUUCAACCAAUUACUUCAGAAUUGGGGCCAAAUUAGGAAUAUUUGGUUGCUUGCAUUGCAUCUCCAGCUUUUGAGAAAAGCAACAGACUAUAAAUUGGCCUCCAAACGGCAACUGGGACUAAGAAUGCAAAAUGAAAAAAACUUCAACCAGAACCACUACCAAGAGACACAAUUGGUAGGAUUCUUUGGAGCGUUACUUACUGUAAGUAAGGACAGUGAACUAUAAGCUCAAAUGCUUUGUCACACUCAGCCACUCAACCCGCAACUACUUAUCCUGCUCAAAAGACCUGACUGAGUCUGAGGAUCAAUCAACAAACAAUGGUUGCUUGUGGUGCGAUAUAGCUCCGUUUUAAUGUUGUUGGCAUGGACUACUAUUAAACACUUGAAAAGAUACAAUAAGGAUGUAUAUGCAAUUACCACUGAACAGGAGUUUACUGAUGGGACAACAUGCAGGAUUAUUCUUCUGAUAUGUUCAAAAUUGCACAUGCAUGGUUAAUAACUGAAUGCAUUCAGCAAGCUGAUUGUUUCAGUCCUUUA